GAGUCAUCAAACAGAAUGGGGAAGAUCAUCUUCUACGAGGACAGGAACUUUCAGGGACGCUCCUAUGAGUGUAGCUCAGAAUGUUCUGAUAUGUCUCCAUAUUUUAGCCGCUGCAACUCAAUCAGAGUGGAAAGUGGAAACUGGAUACUUUAUGAGUACCCCAAUUUUAGAGGACACCAGUACUACCUUAGGAAUGGAGAAUAUCCUAAUUUUCAACAAUGGAUGGGUUACAAUGACUCCAUUAGAUCUUGUCGUCUGAGCCCUCAUCACAGUGGCUCAUUCAGAAUGAGGAUAUACGAGAAAGAAGACUUAAGAGGUCAAAUGAUGGAGUUCACUGAAGAUUGUCCUCACAUCUUUGAGCAAUUCAAUCACCAUGACAUCCACUCCUGUAAUGUUUUAGAUGGUUACUGGAUGUUCUAUGAGGAGCCCAACUACAGAGGACGUCAGUAUUAUCUGAGACCAGGAGAAUACAGAAGAUACACUGACUGGGGAGCCAUGAAUACCAAAAUUGGCUCAUUCAGAAGAGUUAAUUUCCAUUAA